CACACUUCUAUCUCUCUCUUACUCGAGCUGUAGCCCUCAUCCUUGCGCAGUUUUCAUAAAGCGGCAACCUCAGAUCAAUCGAGCUUCUAUUACACCUCGAGGCUAAUUAGCGAGACAUAAAGAUUCGGCCCUUUAGCACGCAGUGAGUGCAGACCACUCCAUUCCAUUGUUCCUGGUUGAAUGUAUUAGGUAAUAUUUUUAAUAAUAAUUUAAUUUUUUUCUUUUCGCCUCGUUGCGCGGAGUCUAUUGGACUGGAAGGGUGCAGUGACCUUGCCGUUGCUAAACCUAUCUUCGUAUCCCAGGCUCAUGGUUUUGGUUCCAUUCAUUUUCCUUCUUUGCUUUCACACUGCCCUAAUUCUUAUAUACCCCGUCAUUCUUUCCUGUCCCGUUCUAACUAAACUCCCAAACUCUGACACACUUGCACUUUCAGAUCACCUUCGCGACACCACGCCGCCCGUUCCACUCACCAUCAUCCAUCAACUAUGGCUGCUGUACAUGGUCCUAUAAUACCUACCCACCCUUCCCCAUUUCGGAAUACCCAGAGUGUUCCUCAUUCGCGAAUGGGUUAUCAUCCUGCACCGUCGGCACCACCUAAACCUCAGUCUACUCAACCCACGACGAGACAUUCUGACCCUUUCUAUGGUCAUGAGCAGGUUUCCCGAUUAUGCGGUCGCUUCAUUACGCAUUUGUUUGCUUGUCCAGAGUACCCCCCUUCGUCUUCUAACUCACAAGUAAAGCUCCCUCAUUUCAUCGCGUAUGCACUUCACCGGACAAAGCUUCAUUCCUCUGUAACCUUCGCUGCCCUCGUCCUCCUUCAGCGACUCAAAGCGCGCUUCCCCACUGCUCGGGGAUCUUCGGGUCACCGUCUUUUUGUAUCCGCCUUCAUGCUCGCAUCCAAGGUCAUCUGUGACGACACUUACUCCAACAAAUCCUGGAGUAUUGUAGCCCAGGGUAUGUUCCAAUUGCGAGAAAUCAAUCAGAUGGAGCGCGAGAUGUGUCAGUAUCUGGAGUGGGAACUUAAUGUGGAUCCGGUGACGCUCAGGGAGUUCGAAGACAUGGUCAAGAAGGAUUUCGCAGGUCAAGGACCUUACCCGACUUAUAUCCUUCCAUCCUCGUCCAAGACAACCCCUCCACCUACCACAAAUCCCUUCCCGCCGCCUCCAGCCGCUUUGGCGCCCACGCCUUCAUAUGGCCAUCGGUAUCCAUCGCCUCCAAAGCCCGCUUUCCCUCCGCCAAAUUCCUCUUACAUUACCCCGCCCACGACGCCGGAUACGCCAUCGCCAAGUUAUUCAACAUCGACGUCUCCAGCGUCAACGGCAUCACCCCCAACACCGCCGGGUAUGGAGGACUGUACUGCACGCAUCGUUUCGGCUUCUUCAUCUCCAGGUAUACCAAAACACGAGCCUGUGCCAGUACCACCGCCAUCGAAGCACAAGAUGUUCGCGUUCGCUUCGCCGGCUGUGUGGUGAAGGCGGCUCAUUGAGUGCAUUGUGGUUUUUGUUGCAUUUCUCUUACUGCCACUUAUACACUCAUUUUUGCCCGUCUUGAUGACGCUGCUAAUAUAUACACCUUCAUCGCUGUCGGUCACCAUCAAUCGGUCGCGAUAUGUUAUUUACCAGGACUAUCUAUACCCUGCCGCAUCAUUACUUGGCCCAAGGUUGUUCCGGGACCGUGCUUCAACUACUGCAUUAUCAUCAUAUGUUGUGUCAAUAGCGCAUUACAGUAUUUCAUUAGGCAUAUGUACAACUAUAUUGAAGAAUCAAAAAUGCCAAUCACUGCAAU